GUCGGCCUUCCCAUCCUAUUUGGUUCGUCGAGUCCUCGACCAAGCCCAGUAGCCUAAACCCCACGCACAACUCCCAGCCAUGGCUCCCAACCGCGCCGCCGCCGCCGCCGAUCCCUCCUCCACCACGGAAGAAGACGGGGACACGUCCUCCAGCGAUUCUACUACCUCCCACAACCAAGAGCUGGCAGACGAGGAAGGGGAGGAAAGGGAAUCGUCGUCGUCGUCGUCGGAGGAGGAAUCAGAAUCGGAGGAGGAGGAAUGCGCGGCGGCGGUGGAGGAGGAGGAGGAGGAGGAAUCGGAGGAGGAGGUAUGCGCGGAGGCGGUGGAGGGGGAGGAAUCAGAAUCGGAGGAGGAGGAGGAAUCAGAAUCGAAGGAGGAGGAAUGCGCGGCGGCGGUGAAAGAGGAGGAGGAGGAGGAGGAGGAUGAGGAGUCAACGGAGGAGGGGGACGAGGAGGAGGCGGAGCCUGAUCUGCAGCCAGCAAGCAAGAGGAUCGGCCCUCCCGUGACCGCGGCGCUCAAGGAGGAGGUCCAGGACGAGGACGUUGAUUUCCAGCCAAGCAACCGCAUCGACCAGCGCGCGCCGGCGCGGCCUGCGGCCAAGAACCAGCCUCAAUCAAGCAAUCCUCCCGCCCGCGGCAGGAAGAGGGCGUCCGGCGCGUCGCUGGUGCCACCGCCUGUACUGAAAAAGAGCAAGAACACGGCGCAGCAGAGCGAGUCGCCAGAGCCCAGGCCGAAGAGAAUCAGGCGCGUAUGGGCUCCUGAUGACGAGGCCCUGGUUCUCGAGGCGCUUGCUCGGCACCGCCGCCAACACGGGUCGCUGCCGCCUUCUGGGGACUCUGACUUCUUCGAAUCCAUCCGCGAGGGCCUCGAGGAGAAGAGCUUCCAGCACUCCGAUAUCAAGGAUAAAGUGCGCAGCCUGCUUCGUCGCUACAGAUCACGCGUGGUGUCUACUUCGGACCAUGAUAAGCGCAUUCGUAACCUCUCUAGAGAUGUCUGGGGAGACCUGCUGCCGGUUGUGGCCGCCACUGGCCCCGUCAGUGGCAGCGAAGAGGCUGACGGCGCGCUCGCCAUCUCUGGGGACGGCCAGUCUGAGAAUGGUGGCAGAAGGUCUGGUACCGAGGGUUUCAAGAAAAUGUGUGAGAUGUAUCCUCUGCUUGCGCAGGAGGUGAAGCUGCUCGCGAAAGUGCAGCCUUGCUUCGAAAGCUCGUUCGGCAGACUAGAUGCCAAGAGGGCGCAGGACAUUGAGAAGAGGCUGGAGAGAGUCAAAUAUGCGGAGUUGAAGAUCGAGUCACGGAUGGUGCUGGAGGUGCAUGCACCCAAGGCAAAGAUUAGUAAGAAGCUUAUCAGUCUUCUCACGAAGGUUUCCAAGAAUGUCUGAAGCUUAAUGGUGUUUCCUGAGCAGAGCCCAGGCAGCUGUCCGGGGUUGCCGGGCCCUAGCUCUGCUACCGAGCAUGUCUAUGCUGCGAAUCCAGGAAAUCAUAGCAGGGUAAAGUGUGAAGAUGGAAUGCGAGUUUGCUUGAUUAGGUAUGUGGAUGCUUCCUGUUGUUGAUGGCUUAAUUUCCAUAUUGAGAUAUCGUAAGCUUUCUGGUUAAAACUUUGGAUGCUUCCUGUUGUUGAUGGCUUAAUUUGAUCUCCACACGUGAACCCUUUUUGGGUCAACUGUAUUGUUCUAGCCCUCUUCUCCCUUUUUGAAUUAACCUCCUGCUGCAUGUUCCUUUUCAAUUGGUUUCCUGUGAGCAUUGUUAUACUACUCCACAAUGUUCCCUGGGAGUACUUUAAAAAGAAGCUUGCUCUUCUAGGUUUUUCUUGAGGUGUACUAUCACUAUUUUUUAGCAGAUUUUUUUAGGGGAUUUUAGCAGAUGAGGUAUACUUUCGUUCUCAGUAGCAUUAGGAGCCCCUUUGUAUUUCGGUUCCAAGUAAAUAGACGUUGGACUGGGAUCUUGGGCUAGGUGAUUGUGACAAGGGGAAGGCCUGGAGUAGUGGAGUGUACAUGUCCGUCUGGAUGAAUUUUAUGGAUGGAUGCCAACUAAUGGCAAAAGCUCCUGUGUACUUACACGAACCGGGCCCAUUAGAUUUGUUCCAUGCAACAAAUUCAUACUGAUUAAACAUACUGCUUACAUGAGUUUGCACUGUAAUUUGGGGUAAGUUAAAUUACAGUUUCUAUAGCCAUAUGUCAACCUUCAGUUGCAAAAACUAAUUACAAUUUGGAGUACUUACUAGUCUAUUUUUUUCUUCUAAAUUUCAAAAACAACAUUUGAAGAUCACAUGGAAAUGACUGCUAGCUAAUUUUAGUACAUUGUUUAUAGGCAGCCCUUGUCUAGAUUUGAGGUUUACAUAUGGACCCAACCUUAAAAUGCAUGAUUGUGAUGUGGACUAGAUCGGG